AAUAAAAAGUUGUAGUGAAAAAUGUAAAGGAGUUUGCAUUUAUAUGUAAGAGAAAAGUGAUAAAAAGUGCCGAAAACUUGAAAUAUUUGCAUUUAGCAAUAACAUAAAACGUCAUUGGUGUGCAGUGAGACAUAUUGAAGUUGAAGCAAUCAGGAAAAAUCGAAAUGAAAAUCAAUUUUCUAUCUACUCAGUGUGCCUGUUUAUAGCAAUCACUUCAGUUCGAGAGCUCAAUAUCUAGAUGUAGCUUUAAGUAAAACUUAUACGUACCUUCGGUCCUAAAACUGUGUAAAUACCAAAAAAAAAGGAGGCAGAUUCUACAAUCGCAUACUGCAGGUUGAAAAAAGGAGCAAUCAGCGAAAACAUACCACCCCCACAUAUACACACAAAUAGAGGAUAAACACCAACGAAAGCAGCUGACCUUCGUGUUCGCGUGAUUUCGCACCGGUCUGCUGCAAGGGCACUCUAUUGAUUGCCCUUCGCAUGUGUCGCGUUCAGUGCAGCUUGCCGGUUGUGCCUAACUAAGCGGCACAAGCGACGUCAACACCGACCAGCAGGCAGCAAAUCGAGUGCCAUUGCCGCACACUACAUACAUACAUAUGUAUGUGUAUAAAUGCAUCUGUAUCCAUAGUUUCACAGUUUUACUUCCUCAAUAGCAAAUACAUAAUAAGUAGCAAUAACUAAAAUACACUAAUAGCUAGUGUGCUAGAGCAACACCAACAACAACAACCACAAGAUGUUCAAUUUCAUGAAAAAGGGCGUAUCCUCGGUGAGCGGUGGCAGUGGCGGUGGUGGCGACGACGAAAAGGAACGUCGCAAACGUGAGAAGAAAUUGCGUAAAGAGGCUAAAAAUGCUGGCGUACUAUCGGGCAGUAUGAGUACUGAGGAACUGCUGCGGCUGGAUGAGGUUCGUCGUUCGCUGAAGAUACGCGGUCGGCGCAAAGAGAAGGAGAAAUUGCCCAGCGGCAUAACAGCUGAUUAUAGUGCAGAAUUUUUCGCCCAAUUAGAUAUAGACCGUGCAGCGUUAAGCGCCGAAUUGAGCGGCGAAGGUGAUAGCAUUUAUGAAUUGGAUCGGGGCAAUGAAGAAAUUGAGGCAUCUGUGACGACAACCAUUGAGAGUCGUUAUAAUGGCGGUGGUGUGGGUGCUGCUGCUGCUGGCGGAACUACUGGUGCCAUGAGUAUACAUUCCAUGCUGGCGGCCGCUGCGGCUAGUGGCAAUGGAAAGCAUCGCUCACUGCCGCCUGUGCCACCGAAACCUCCGAAGCGUGGCAUACUGAAGGGUUCUCGCAGCAACAUAUCCAAUGUACAUGAAGAGAUAACGAUCACAUCGCCCGAAGCACAGCUGCUCGUGAUGCGCAACACAAUGCAAAACGAGUUGCCCUUCGAUGGUAGUCGCAGCAAUAGUAUAAGUGGUGCAGCUACUGGACGCAGCAGCAUGGGUGCAGUCGGUGGCGCCGGCAGUGCAGGCGUUAAUCCUCAUACGAGCAGCGGCACCGCCUUCACCUCGGUGGAGAGUUUGCGUAGCGAUGAAGGUGGUAAUGCGGGUAUACAACGCGCUAUGACACUACCGACGACGGCGCGCUACGCACCACAACUCCCACAGCAUCACAGUGCCAAUCUGCGUGUGAUGACCUCACCCUCACCGAGCGCUGACAGUCUCACAGAUACGACAAAUUCUUCCUUUGCCACGCCACCAUUUUCUUUGAGUCCCGUUGGUGAGUCGCAGGGUAUCGAUCGGUGGUCGCGUGUUCAUGCAUUCGAGGAUGUGGAAUUACCAUUGCCACCAAUUAAAUUAGUGCAAUUGCCACCGGCGCGUGAAUUAGUGAUUAGGCGGCAAAAAUCGCCACGCAAUGAUUUCGGUUUCAGUUUACGCAAAGCGAUUUGUCUGGAUCGCGCGGAAUCGCUGACCUCGCCCACAUUCAAACCGGUCAUAUUUGCUGAACCUGGUGCAGGUGGUGGCGCUACCGGACUGCUGCCGGGUGAUCGUUUGCUCAAAGUGAAUGGCACGCCGGUAAGUGAGCUGUCCCGUGAGGUGAUCAUUGAGAUGAUACGUAACAGUGGCGAUUCGGUUACAGUAGAGGUACAACCCGUUUCGGAAUUAGUGGAGCUGAGUAAGCGCUGCAUGCCACCACAAGGUAUUGGUGUUGUCGCCAAUGCUGAUGAUGAAGUGGAUCGCGCUGCAAGGAAUGCAAAUUGCAAUACGCUUAAGAGGAGUGCUAGCAAGCGGUUUAAACAGCAGCCACGCCAUGGCAACAACACCAGCAACGACUCCGCACACCCAGGCCUCGACAAUGGCGCCGGCAAUGAUAAUGCCGAUGGUGAUGCCGCCAACGCUGCGAAUGCCGAUGGCGAACGCGUUUGGCUGGUCCAUCGUGGUGGCUUCUGCGCGGCCCUACGUCUACCCCAGUCAAGCGUGCAACGUGAAAAUCACAAAGUCACCAUUCGCCUGCUGCAUAAUGGCAUCGAAAUGAUGGUCGACGAGGAUGACAUCGAGAAGCAGAACUCAACAGCGCUCGAUCUGGUCGAGGAUAUUUGCGACCUGAAGCAAUUGAAUGAGGCGUCUGUGUUGCAUUGCUUGCGUCAACGUUUCGCCAGUAAUUUGAUACACACGAAGGCGGGCCCCACGCUGCUCGUUGUCAAUCCAAUGGCACCGCUAUCGCUCUACUCGGAAAAGGUUGUUUCCAUGUUUCGCGGCUGCAAGACGGAGGAUAUGCCUCCGCAUAUCUAUUCGCUGGCGCAGACCGCCUACAGGGCCAUGUUGGAAACGCGUCGCGAUCAAAGUCUAAUAUUCAUGGGACGUUCUGGUUCUGGCAAGACGACAAGCUUCAAGCACGCCUUAUACUAUUUGGCGUUGGCCGCCGGCUCCUAUAAUAACUUUCUCAACGCCGAGAAAGUCAACUCCAUCAACAUCAUAUUGGAAGCAUUUGGCAAUACAAAGACAUGCCUCAAUGCGAAUGCAACGCGCUUUACACAGCUGUUGAGUUUAGACUUCGAUCAAAGUGGGCAAAUCGCCUCCGCUUCGGUGCAAGUGCUGUUGCCAGAGCGACAACGCGCUGGGCGACGUCAACCCAACGAUCAUAGUUUCCACAUAAUGGGACGUCUGCUCGCUGGCGCCGAAGGAUUGCUGCAGAAGGAGCUGCAUCUGGACAACAUUUCAGCAGCGGAUAAUCAUCCCUUCGUUUCGCUCUCACAUAAAUUGGAAGAGCGUCAUCGCGCCGCCGCCGAAUUCAUGCGCACGACGCAAGCUUUGGAAACGUUAAAUAUUGAAGCGAAAGCGGUACGUGGCAUUUGGAGCAUCUUGGCGGCUAUUUAUCAUCUUGGAUUGGCAGGCGUCACAAGGCUUAAUGCUGGACCAGCUUCUCGCGUACAGUUUGCAAAUCCAUCAGCCGCACGUAGAACUGCUAGCCUACUCGGCGUUUCUAUGGAGGAUUUAACAGCUGCUGCUUUCAAUGCAACAUCAUCUGGUGGUGGUGGUGGCACAAGCCCUUCUAAAUCGCCUAAUGAUAGUAGUGAGCAGGCUUGGGAAUCACUGGAAGCACUCGCCGUCGGUCUCUAUUCCGAGGCGUUGGCUGCCGUGGUGGCGCUUAUAAAUAAAGCAAUCUGCACUUCGGCGCAUACUAUAGCUUCCAUUAUGCUUGUGGACACACCGGGCUUUCAGAAUCCCGCCAGCUGUGGUUUGCAAACGGGUGCCACUCUCUCUGAUUUACGUCACAAUUACCUACAAGAGCGUUUACAGUUGCUUUUUCAUCAUACCACAUUGGUGGCGCCGCGUGACCGCUAUGCGCAGGAACUAGUCGAGAUCGAUACGGAAGGCAUGUCGGAAACAAAUCCCGGUCCGUUAGUAUCGCUCAUCGAUAAGGCGCCACAAAAUCAUGUCGUACGCUCCUCACAACGUGAUUUGCGCGAGCAUGAUCGUCGCGGUCUGCUCUGGCUGCUCGAUGAGGAGUCCAUGUACCCCAACUGCAAUGAUGAUACAUUCCUGGAGCGCUUAUUUACGCAUUAUGGCGAUCGUGAACAUCAGACUUUGUUGCGCAAAUGCGCCGGCCCCAAACAGUUUGUGUUGCAACAUUUGCAGGGCACCAAUCCGGUGUUGUACACUGUCGACGGUUGGGUGCGGCAUAGCCGUGAGCACCCUGCCAUACGCAAUGCUGUAACACUGCUACAAGAUAGCUCACGUGACGAGAUAAGUCGUCUGUAUAUUGGUUCGCUAACACGUGGCGCGGGUGGCAUUGUAUUUUGCGGCUCUAUUGCCGGCCUCGAAGGCACACAAUCGCUACGUCGCGUCUCGAGCAUACGUCGUUCGUUCACCUCUGCCGGUGUAAAACGUAAUUCCAUAAUGUUGCAAGUGAAAUUCACUGUCGACGGCAUCAUCGAUACGCUACGCCGCACAGGCACCCACUUCGUACACUGUUACAUGUUGAAGCACAAUGCCGGCCAACAUAGUAGCUACUCGUCGAGCGGUUCGCCUAACGCGGCUGCAUUGCAGUCGAGCUGCGAGGACAUGGUUAAUAUUCCUUUGUUACGUAGUCAGUUGCGUGGCUCGCAAGUGCUCGAGGCGGCACGCUUACAUCGUUUGGGCUUCCCAGAAUCAGUUCCUUUGGUAGAGUUUGUACGUCGCUUUGGUUUAUUGGCUGCCGUUGAUUCUGCCACUGCCAAGGACAUAACGGUCGAACAAAUUUUAGCCGCUAAUGAAGUAGAUACAGCUACAUACCGUAUCGGACCUAGUCAAAUUUUAUUCCGUUCUGGUGUUCUGAGUGAAUUGGAGGCGAAACGUGAUGAACUGUUGUCGGAUCGCAUCAUACAGUUGCAGGCUUAUUGCCGCGGCUAUUUGGCACGUAAACAGGUGGCACGCCGACGCGUACAGGAGCUGGCCGUACGUUGCAUACAACGUAACGUCAAAGCGUUUCUCGCCGUUCGUGAUUGGCCUUGGUGGCGCCUCUUGGUGCGUGUUACGCCUCUGCUAAAUGUCCACCGUACCGAGGAGCAAUUGAAAUCGGCGAACGAGGAAUUGGCAAUGCUGCGUGCCAAAUUGGAGAAAAUCGAAAACGAUCGCAACGAAUUGAAGACUGAAAAUCAGAAAUUGGAAGCGAAGUUAUCCGAAAUGGCAGUGGAUCUUGCCGAGGAGCGCUCCACUGCCAAUAUCGCCACCGAACGUCUUGAAGCGGAAACUGCCGAACGUUUGAAACUCGAAAAGGAACUCAACGAGCAACAAAACAAGGUGAAAAAUUUGCAAGAGAACAGCGAGAAGCUGGAAAUGGAACUAAUUUGUGCCAAAUCCGAUUUGAAUGGCAUAUCUGAAGAUGAGGAUCCCGAGAAUGAGGAAGGCGGCAGCGGUGUUUACAAGUUGAAGUAUGAACGUGUGGCGCGCGAACUCGAGUUCACUAAGCGACGUUUGCAGACGCAACACGAACACGAUUUGGAGCAGUUAGUGGGACUGAAAAAACAGCUGGAGAAGAAACUCUCCGAUGCUUACGAAGAGGUCGAAGAGCAACGUCAAGUUGUUGGUCAAUGGAAACGCAAAGCGCAAAAGAUGACCAACGAAAUGAAUGAUUUGCGCAUGUUGCUCGAAGAGCAGAAUGGUCGCAAUAAUGUGUUGGAGAAGAAACAACGUAAAUUCGAUGCGGAAUGUCAAUCGUUACAGGAUGCUGCUCGUCAAGAAAGAGUAACCAAGGAUAGGCUAUCACGUGAAAAGGACGUACUCAUCGCAGAGAAAUUCACAUUGGAGCAAAACUUAGCGGACACUCGUCUUGAGCUCGAACUCAAGGAAGAGAAGUUGGCGUCGCUACAACGUGAAUUGGAGGAGAUGACUUUCGGUGGCAGCACCGAAGAGGAAAUCGCACAACUACGUCGUUCAAAGAAUGAAUUGGAUCGGCGUGUCAAAGAACAAGAAGAAGAACUGGAUGAGAUGGCCGGGCAGGUGCAAUUAUUGGAACAGGCCAAACUACGACUAGAAAUGUCGCUCGAAACCAUGCGCAAAGAAGCGCGACGUGAGGCGCAACAACGCGACGACGAGUUGGAGGAAGCGCGCAACAACUCUUACAAAAAGAUUAAAGCUUUGGAAUGCCAACUCGAGACUGAACACGAAGAGCGCACUUUGCUAUUACGCGAAAAGCACGAACUAGAACGACGACUCUCAUCGAUGGAGGAUCAAGAUCGUAUGGAUCGUCAGGCCGAGGAGGCAGCCACCCAAAAACUAAAACGUGAUCUACGCAAAUACAAGGCGCUAUUGAAGGAUGCGCAAGCGCAAUUGGAGCGUUCAAAGGCGGAAACGCCAGGUAAAGCACUCAUACGACAGCUACGCAACCAGCUCGAAGACGCCGAAUCGGCGCGUACACUCGUGAUGAAAGCGCGACAAGCGGCCGAAGCUGAGCUCGCCGAAGUGCAAGCCAUGUUCGAAGAGUCACAAAAAGGACGUAAUGAUGCGGAAGAUCGUGCUAAUGCAGCGCAUCGUGAUCGCGCCGAAUUGCAGGCGCAAAUCGAAGAGAACGAAGAGGAACUCGCAGAGUUAAUGAAGAAAUAUAGCGCAGCUGUUAAACAGUUAAAUACCGAGCAGAUCGCUGCUUCCGAGUAUGAGUUCAAGUUAUCCGAAUUGGAAGCAGAUCGCAAUAAUCUAAAGGAGCAAGUGAGCGAACUGCAGCAACGUUUGGAAAAUGUGGAGAGUAUGGCUGAUCCUUCCACAGCGAUGCUAUCAAAACGCUUAGAACUGCGCACCAAAGAGCUAGAAUCCCGCUUAGACCUCGAACAAGCUACACGCACACGACUCGAAGUGCAAGUAUCGCGACUCAAAGAGACACUCGAGAAGGUACAGAACGAUGUAGCGCAAGCGAAGGCACGUGAAAUGCAAGCGCAAGAUGCACUCAAGAAAUCACAAAAGAGUUUGCGUGACAUGCGCGAAGAGUAUCAUGUGGCGGCGUCACGAGAACAAGAGUCGGUGACGAAACGCAAAGAUCUCGAAAAGAAACUGGAACAAGUGGAGUCGGAGUCGUCUGCUCUCAAGAAUGAUUUGCGUUUGGCGCUACAACGCAUUGCUGAUCUACAGCAGGCUAUGGAGGAGGGUGAUGAUGACGUGAGCGACAGUGAGGACUCACACAGCACAGAUGGUUCGCUUAGCGAUUUAGAGGAGCGUUUGCGCCCCAUUAAAGUAAAGCGCACCACAAACGGCGAAUUGAUGAGCCCGAGCUCAACUAAAACGCUGGUGCAUGAAAAGGAUGACAAUAGUCCGAGAAUAACAUUGACUUCACCAUCAUCACCGCAUAUACAUAAAAUGGCGCGGCUGGCGAGGGCAGAGGAUGCCAAAGCGGAUGUGACGUCGAAUGACGUUGACAAAAAGGCAACCAUCACGACGGCGAAGAAUAGUAUUAGCACGGAGCGAGGUAUCGAAGGCUUGAAGAAUGGCGAUGCAACUCCAUAGGCUUGAGCAACGAGAAGAACGCAAGAAGAAGAAAAAGCGUAAGUGUAAAUGCAACGUCAAGGCACACAUACAUACAUUCAUGAAAGCGAAAGGACGUGUGGCGUGUGCUGCUGAAAGCAAGUUGGCGUGUUGCUGAAUUUCACUUAAUUUUAAUACUAGUUUAGCAGCAAAACAUAGCAUUGAAGCGCAAAAUUUAAAAGAUAACGGUAAACUAAAAAAGAGCGUUUUAAGAAACUUAAGAAAAAUUGCAAAAUAAUGCAAAAGCCUACUUAGUCAGCAAUAAUUUGGAAAGAAAUUCGUUUCAAUUGUGUAUUUGAGAAUAAGAAUUUUAUACAAAAUUGCAAAGUGAGCAACAACAAUGGCAUAGUUACCUAGUGGUAUAAACAUGAAUGCACUGAGCGAGCGAGAGCGAAAGUUUUAAAAUGGCAAUCCAUUGACACGCAGAGUCUGAGUAACAUUUCUGUUUUGUAAAAGGUAUAUAAUCUAAAUAAAAAUAGAUUUAAAACAAAAAUCUCCAAAGGGAAGCAUCAAAGAAAAAACACCAAAAUUGCAUAAAUCACACAUUUAUAAAAAAAAUGCAAAUUUUUAUAAGCAAAAAAUAUUUUAAUAUUUUGAUACAUAGAAAUUUUGUGGUAAAAACAGAUACAACUACUAUUGCUACUAAAAAUAUUACAAAUAUUUAAUGGAAAAUUUAAACUAAUAGCAAUUAUUAGUCCAACAAACUCUUAGUCAAAGCAAAACAAGCACAUUUUAAAUGCGUACCAACAAA